AUGACCAAAACCACCAUGGAUCCCUCGCAGUCCCAGUCAGAAAAGAUGACCUUCAGUGUCUUGACAUCUUCUGCGCCCAUUAUGGCACCCCGGCUGGGUAAAUUGGCACUCACCGGCCGCAAAACACUCUCAACGCCGCAUUAUAUCCCUCUCACAUCGCGGGGCACAGUGCCACACAUUGCGCACGACAUGCUGCGCAAAGAAACGGCCUUGAACAGUCUCUACAUCGGAUUAGAAGACUUAGGAUUCCGCCAACUCCCCGCACAUCAAUACCUAGACUCAAUCCGGAGCCUGAAACCAGAUAUCGCCAUUGGACUUGCGGAUAUCGUCUACGGCCGCGAACCAGGCGUCAAGCGACGGGCGAAAAUGGUCGAUCGCACACACGCAUUUACGCAAGAUGCGUUGGAAAGAUUAUAUGGCCGAUCCGUGGCGGACGGGCAAAAGUCAACAACGACUGCGUACUUCGCCCCUGUGCUACCGUUGGAUAAUGCGCAGCAGUCGCUUUACCUGGAUGAUUUACAGGAUGAAUUGAAGAGUCACGUUUCCGGUCUCGCGUUAUACGAAUCUUCUUCUUUGGCACAGAUUCCUGAAUCGCUGGGUGCUUUGCCUCGUCUAUUACUUAGCCAACCGGGUGGUCCGCACGAUUUACUUAGAGAUGUUUCUCUUGGUGGAGAUUUGUUGACUCUUCCUUUUGUUGGCGAGUGCUCGGAUGCGGGAAUUGCGUUAGAUUUCACAUUCCCCGUUGCAUCGGAUGUGAAUGCUAAAGCGAAUGGGUCAGCUUCGCAGCCCAAGGCCCUGGGCAUUGACUUGUGGUCUGCAGAUACGGCGAAGGAUGUAUCUGCUCUGAGUGAGGGGUGUCAAUGCUACGCUUGUCGGAAACAUCACCGUGCUUACUUCAAUCAUCUCCUUAAUGCGAAGGAAAUGGCUGCGUGGGCUCUUCUUCAAAUGCACAAUUAUCAUGUUAUGGAUGUUUUCUUCGCGGGUGUGCGGGAGAGUAUUCAGCGUGGGACGUUUGAGGAGGAUGUGCUGUCUUUCAACCAUGUGUAUGUGUCUGAGUUGCCUCAGCGCACUGGUGAAGGUCCUAGGUUGCGCGGCUAUCAACUUCAGGCCGGUCCUCACAAGCGCGGACCGCGUGUUUACGGCCGGUUGGAUGAUGUUUCACAGAAAUUCGCCGAGUCACAGUCUUCUGUUGCGACGCCGGAUACCGAUGCCAGUGGACUUGAGCACCACGGAUUUGCUAAGAAGGUGUAG